CUUACAUGCCUAAGUCUCUCCCAUUCCCAUCUCCGCACCACCUCCCGCUCUCCCUCCCCCCUCCCCCGACGGCCUGAUGGCUGGCUUCUUUUCCAAAGUCGCCACCUGGUACAAUAAGACCAAUACAUUCCUCGACAAUGUCGUCAACUUUAAUGUUGAGGAGAUCUUUAACCGCUCCAAGGAGGUCGGUCCGCCGCGCACGGUAUUCGUCCACCAGAGUCUGCCAGAAGACUACCUGGACCACAAGGGCAGGAUCAAGAAGGAGCAUGUCUAUUGCACGAAUCAAACCAUCACGUCCAAAUACUCUCUCGUCACUUUCAUCCCUCGAAACCUCCUCGAGCAGUUCCGCCGGGUAGCAAACAUCUUCUUCCUCGCCAUCGCCAUCCUGCAAUUCUUUUCUAUCUUCUCUACCAUAUCCCCUGGUCUUGCUAUCCUUCCUCUGCUUAUUAUUCUUGCGAUCACUGGUCUCAAGGACGGCUAUGAGGAUUUUAAACGCCAUCAGUCCGAUCACAGCAUCAACCACUCCGAGGUGCUUGUUCUGAAGGGUGGUGCUUGGAGGAAUCCGAAUGCCAUGCAAGGCAAGGAAAAGACUUUCAUGCCCGCCAUUGUCCCGACCAUCAUGUCCUAUCGCAAGAAGAGAGCCCCUGUUGCAGACGUUGAGGCGAUCGAGCUCGAGCGCGCCGCUCCACCUGAAGGCGUGGAUGGACAGCUUCGUGGAGAGAACGGCCAGGACAAUGCGAUGGAAGGUGUGGAGUUUGACGAUGAUGAUCAGGAUGGUGGGUUGUUCCGUACUCUCAGUGGUGAUCCGGAGGGAGACCAUGCCCGGCCCCACUGGAAGAAGAUCGCCUGGGAGGACAUCAAGGUAGGGGACUUUGUCAAGAUCAUGGACAAUGAGUCCUUCCCCGCCGAUAUCCUCAUUUGUGCGACAUCCGAGGAUGAAAACGUUUGCUAUGUCGAGACGAAGAACCUCGACGGCGAGACGAACCUCAAGUCGCGCACAGCGAAUCCCGCGCUCACCCACCUGCGCUCUGCGCGCGAGUGUGCAGACAUCCGCAAUUCAUUUCAGGUCGACUGCGAUCGUCCCGACAAUAACCUGUACAAGCUCAAUGCAGCUGUCGUAUCCGAGAAGGAUUCAAAAUCCGCCGUGGACAUCUCGAUGGUCUUGCUCAGGGGUACCGUGCUGAGGAAUACCCGCUGGGUGAUAGGACUUAUCCUUUUCACCGGCAACGAUACCAAGAUCAUGCUCAACUCCGGCGGUGCGCCCAGCAAGCGCAGUAAGGUGGAGCGGCAGAUGAAUCCCCAAGUAUUCAUCAAUCUAAUCAUUCUUGCUGCAAUGGCUGUCGUGUGUGGUAUCGUGGACGCGGUUCUCGAGCAGCGCUACUACCCUCGCCUCGCGCCUUGGCUAUAUGACGAUAAUCAGUCGGAUAACAACACACAUGUCAACGGUGUAGUGACAUUCGCUUUCGCUCUGAUCACCUUCCAAAACAUCAUCCCUAUCUCAUUGUACAUUUCCGUAGAAGCAGUACGAACAUGCCAGGCCCUUUUUAUCUAUUUCGAUCAUGAAAUGUAUUACAAGGAGACCGAUACGCCCACAUUAGCGAGGAGUUGGAACCUUUCGGACGAUCUGGGUCAAAUAGAGUAUAUCUUCUCCGAUAAAACUGGUACUUUGACUCAGAACGUCAUGAUCUUCAGGCAGUGCUCCGUGGGUGGACGAGCCUACCGUGGGAAUGCCAACGGCCAGGGAGACGAAGAGUCGACAAAAGUCGGCGUUCUCGAGGAAGGCGAGGCUACUGGGUCAAAAUCAUCCGGAACGCACUCGCCGGAGCUCGACGGCAAGAAGACACCGGUGUCGUCGUCCUUGGACGUACCCAACCCGCUCGCCGCCGACAAGGUCGGGCUGGCGGAGCACGUCUUAUCACAUUUCCGCGACGCUGUACUCGCUGCGGAUAUCGCUUCCGCGAAGAAUGCUGAUCCUCAAUCGGAGGCUUCCCACCACGCCCAUCUCAUUAACGGCUUCUUCAGCUGUCUAGCUCUCUGUCACACUGCGCUUGUCUCAGUGGACCCGGCAAGGGGCUCAAUUGAGUACAAAGCACAAAGUCCGGAUGAGGCUGCGCUCGUGCAGGCCGCCGCGGAUGCAGGAUUCGUCUUUCGCGGGCGCGACAGGGAGAUCCUGACACUGCAGACGCCGUUCUCAGAAGAGUACGAGCGGUACGAGCUACUGAAUAUUCUUGAGUUCACAUCCUCGCGCAAGCGGAUGAGCGUCAUCGUGCGCAAACUGGACGAUGAUGAGAAGGAGAAGGUCUUCUUGCUGACGAAGGGCGCUGAUAAUGUCAUCUUCGAGCGCCUCGUGCCUGGAUCCAAUGAGCUGAAGAAGGCCACGGAGGGUCACUUGGACGAGUUCGCGAGCGAUGGACUACGAACGCUCACCUUGGCAUACAAGGUCAUCACCGAUGACGAGUACGACUCUUGGAACCGCCGCUAUCUCGAAGCUUCCGUGUCACUUGAAGAUCGUGAAGGGAAGGUCGAUGCGUGUUACGAAGAGAUUGAACAUAACCUCCGACUGCUGGGUGCCACUGCCAUCGAAGAUCGUCUGCAGGACGGUGUGCCGGAGACGAUCGCUGACCUUAAGGAAGCAGGUAUCAAGAUCUGGGUGGCGACUGGAGACAAGGUCGAAACUGCAAUAGCUAUUGGCCACAGUACUAACCUCAUCGGCCGCCAAGAUAAUAUCAUCGUCAUUAGAGGCGGGGUCGACGGACAGUCGAAGUCUGUCCACUCGCAGCUGGUGGGCGCUGCGAAGAACUUCUUCCCGGAUAGCGGCAUUCUCGAUGGUGAUAUUAUUAUGAGUCCCCGCUCGUCCAUGUCGAGGAGCAGGCGCUCUUCUCUUGCUCUGCAGAGAGUGCCCACCGAUGCGUCUAGCCUUGUCGGCCACGACAACGGCGAGCGCUCGGGCGGGUUCGUACUCGUCAUUGACGGCAGUGCUCUCAGCGUGGCCCUCAGCGACGACCGGCAUAAGCAGCUAUUACUCCGUCUUUCUAUGCAAUGCGAAGGCGUCAUCUGCUGUCGUGUUUCACCGAUACAGAAGGCCUUGAUUGUCAAGUUGGUCAAGGAAGGCUUAGGCAGCAUGACGCUGGCUAUUGGGGACGGUGCGAACGACGUCAGUAUGAUCCAAGCUGCCGACGUUGGUGUCGGUAUCUCUGGUCAAGAGGGUCUUCAGGCUGCGAACUCGUCCGAUUAUGCUAUUGCUCAGUUCCGGUUCUUGAAGAGGUUGUUGCUCGUCCACGGGCACUGGUCAUAUGCCCGUAAUGGUAACAUGAUCGUCAACUUCUUUUACAAGAACAUCAUUUGUAUCGGCGUCCUCUGGUGGUUCCAGAUCUACUGCGGUUGGAGCAGUGCAUACGCCUUCGAAUACACUUAUCUCCUAUGGUGGAAUUCUUUCUUCACUAUCGCCCCUGUCAUUGCCAUUGGAUUGUUUGACAGACAUGCCGACGACCAUAUCCUCAUGGCUCUCCCGGAGCUGUACAGUCAUAGUCGUCGCGGCGAGUACUUCGGCACCAGGCUCUUCCUUAUUUACAUGUUCGACGGAAUCGUACAGUCCGUGCUGAUCUUUUUCUUGAUCUUCUACGGAUACAAGACGACUACGUCUCGGACUGACGGUUACGCAGUAUAUCAAUACGAGUUUACCACGGUGAUGGCGAUAUCGGCAGUCACGACAGCGAAUCUGUUCAAUGGUCUCAAUACUGCCGCAUGGACUGGCUGGGUGUUUUUCGCCGUAGCACUGGGUAUCGUGCUUGUGUGGGCCUACACGGCUAUCUACUCCGCAAUCACUCCCUCGUGGUUCGUUAGUCCCGUCUACGGGAACGACGCCUACCUCUGGCCAUCCGCGUAUUUCUGGUUCGGCAUCUUCCUCACCGUCGUGCUCGCCCUGUUACCGCGCUACGUAUGCAAGGCGUAUAAGUUCACAUUCAACCCGAGCGACAUCGACCGGGUACGUUGGCUGCACAAGCUCGAUCCAAACCGCGACUUCGCGUCGGAGCGGUCGCAAGGGAUCGCGAACCUGAAGGAAACUCCGAGCCGGCGGUCGACAGGCUCCCGGCGGCGGCCGUUCGGGACCCAUGCAGUGGGAAGCAGGACGGAUAUGUCGACGGGUGUGCGCUCGCAGAGCCGUGGGUUCGACUUCUCGACGGAGGAGAACGGCAUCGCGCUGCAGCGGAUGCAGACGAACUUGUCCGAGCGCCACGGCUUCAAGUCACCAUUCAAGAGGCGAAAGCGGAGCGGCUCGCUGUUGCCGCACUUCUCGCUGUCGCGGUCGCUAAGAAGGAAGAAGCCGCCAGCGCUAGCGGAACAGGUGUCACCGGAACCGGCGGACAGGCCACCGCACGACCCGCCAACACAUACCUCCGCUUCAUCGUACUCUCAACUCUAGAAUCACGCCGGACGCUUCAUACAUUCAAUAAUUAUUUGCUCACGUUCGUUUGCUGUUGUUCCCCACCUGCUUAUAUAUGGCCCGUAGUUGUAGCCCUCACCUGCAUCUCUCACGACCUACGUUAAUUCCACGAGUAUUGUGCCCGGCUUUGUUCCAUUUGUCUCGUCUCUAUUCUCGUCAUGAUCUUUCACGUCGCCAUUGAUACCUCCUUAACUUUCAUUCCUCAUCGGUUGGAGAGGACAUCAUGCAAGCAUGUGCCUUGUGCCGCUGGUGUUUUACCGCCUCGACUACUGUUUGCUCACUUACAUGUGCAGGAGCUGGCUGGGGCUGCUCAUACCUACUAUGUACAACCAGGAUUCACACCACAAUGUCAUUGCCUCUGAGAAAGAAAUGGAGUGUAUGUACGGCCAGAAUAUUGGCGGCGAUCUCCGCACCCAGAACGCAAUACUACUGAUCGCAAUGCCGC